AUGGUAAAGGCUCUCAAAUUCUCCGCUCAAAACUCCGCGGGUAUCCAAACGCUGCUCGAUGCAGAGCGGGACGCCCAGAAGAUUGUCCAGCAAGCAAGAGAAUACCGCACGAAGCGGGUAAAGGACGCCCGAAACGAAGCACAGAAAGAGAUCGAGGAUUACAGGAAAGAGAAGGAGGACGAGUACCAGAAGUUCGAGAAGGAGCACAGCUCAGGCAACCAGAAGGCUGAGGAGGAUGCGAAGAAGAACACCGACGUCAAAGUGAAGGAAAUCGAUGAGCUAGGCAAUAAGUCGGGCAGCAAGGUCGUCGACCAGCUCAUUGAAGCUGUCGUAAAUGCGAAGCCCGAACCUCCGCGGAAGGACGAGUAAGAUAUUCCUUCAAGUCUCAACUUUCGGAAUUAUCCAGCAAUGUGUGUGGACUAGAGGGCGAAGUCAUGGCGGACCAGGCUCGGCUGCAAAGUAUAGCAUGUCGAGGAGUGCUUUUGUACAUGAUCAUCACCUUGUCAAGGGCGAGCUACUAUCUCAGACAUACGAGCAAUACACGAAUCAUCACGAGAACGACUAGUUCUCUCAUUACUGCAUACAUAUCUCACUAUGGUACUGUUGGAUCUAUCGCAGUGGUGGAGUUCGUUAAGCCUUUGCUAGGUCUCUAAGGCUUCCAUUUGACACCUGCAAGAAGAAAUCCACUUACAAGCUCCUUG